CGCUGCGUUUAUUGAUCGGAGAGCUUGCCCGGUCAGCUGUGUUGCUGAACUAUUAGCAGCCUUCAUUCAGGAGAGACACGCUUUGAGUUUACGGGAAAACAUGUGCGGUUCUAAUGUCUUUUCACGAGUACUGUGGUUGUUUUUAUGCUGCGCUAUUGCAAGUUUCCCCUUUACGCCAUAGUUUAGUUUAUAACGGGACAACAAGCUCGUGCAGAUCCACGAUUAAUGCAGAUGAUUUUCUACCAGAAGGUUCAAAUGACCCAUCGGUUGGGUUUUGUAACCCUGCAGGUGACAGCUCAUGGACCACACGUGCUUACAUUUUGCCGUUGCUCUGCUCUCCUUUAACCGCUGAUCGUCAGGCAAACAUAACCAGCAUGCUGGAACAGCAGGCAGAUCGGGUCAUGGCCCUCGGUGAAUGGGAGGAACGCUGGCAACAGAACAAAAUCGGCUUCCAUCAGCCUGAAGUGCACAAAAUGCUGAAGAAAAACAUUGACAAAGUUCUCAAUGGACGAACAGGAGUUCGCUUCUUCUUCCCUCUGUGUGGGAAAGCAGUAGAUAUGAAGUGGCUAGCAGACAUGGGCCAUUCAGUGGUUGGAGUGGAGAUUUCUGAAAAGGCUAUUCGUCAGUUUUUUGAGGAGAACAACAUGACGUACAGUGAGGAGCCUGUGCCUGCUAUACCUGGAGCAAAGGUUUACAAGAACUCAGAGAAAAACAUCUCCCUGUAUCAGUGUAACCUGUACAACUUCUCCAAUUCCAUCGAGGGUCAGUUUGGAGCAAUUUGGGACAGGGCCUCUCUCGUGGCCGUCAACCCAGGAGACAGAGAAAAGUAUGCAGCUCUCAUUAUUACUUUGAUGGCGAAUGACUGCAGAUACCUCCUGGACACUUUACUGUACAAUCCUGAUUUAUAUCAAGGGCCUCCCUUUUUCGUGCCUGAUGAGCAGGUGCAUAGUCUGUUUGGGAGCAGCUGUGGUAUAGAGUUGCUGCAGUCAGAGGAUGCUCUCACGGACAAACAACGAAAUUGGGGACUAGAUAAAUUUCUUGAAAAUGUGCACCUCAUCACGCCAAAGAGCAACUAAAGGCUCAGAGUUUAGAGAAAGAAGAAGAAAAUCCCGGGAAGGAAAAAUAAAGUGGAAAGUGAAAGUGCCUGAAAUUCAAGAGAAUUUAUAAUUCUCCUUUUUAUUUGUUGUUGUUAUGGAUCAAAUAACAUGAUCAUUAAAAAACACGAUCGUAAAA